AUGGAAGCUGAAGCGUCACCCCAGAAUGUCGAUCCACGGCUUGAGCUGAGUUUAGACACGACCGAUCAACUGGCGGAUGCGCUUCUCGAUGACUGGUCGGAUAUUGGAGAGAAUCCAAAGCAUGAAGCAGAUGAUUCUGAAUCCUCCAGCGCCCAAAAUUCUCACGGAACAGUUCAAAAAUCAAGCAUAAACAAACCGUUGCCAGCUAUUCCAUAUACAUUUGAAGGGCAAAGUGAUUAUACAGAGGACGUAUUAGAGGAAGUACACAUAAGUGAUGUUAAAAGUUCCGGCACGAGGAUUGGAAUUCAAUCUGCUCACGAAGCUCCAAGAGGUCAAAUCAUUGAAGUUAGAGCAAGCGGAAAAUCAGGUCCACCCAGUAAACCGUCGCGUCCAACAGACAAAGAGUUCUUGAGCAAAGACCAUCGGGCUGCUGUCGUGUCUGGCGUUGCUUCAUCUCAUGACUCCGUUAAACCCACACGAAGUUCCUUCGAUAAUGAAGCAACGUCCACUUUGAGAAAGGGACAUGAGACAUUGGAAAGGGUGAAGACCGCCUUUAGAGAGCGAAUGUGGGCAACAGAGUCAGACCGAAAUGCUGUAGAAGAUCUGACGCACCACAAAGAGCUGGGUGAAGCAGAACGAAAAACAGGCUUUCGGAUGCAAUCUCGCACUGGCAGAGGAGAAUUCCGACAUAAGGAGCAGCCCAGGCAGGUAACGAGAAGCUCCCAUGAGAGCAAGCACCCAGAUAUACAUACUACGGCAAAGGAUGUUGAGAUGUCGAAUAUCCAGGCCGAGACAAUACCUAAUCAGGGGACUAUCAUGGGAAAUGUGUCAAAAAGUCCAGAAGAAAGGUCAAGGCGCCCUUCAGACUUCUCCAACUGGGUAUCUCCAUUGGCGCAGCAUACCGAUGUAGAGUUUUUCUCGAGCAGUCCGAUGGACCAUUCCACGCCGAACGCGCGUUUCGAAAUCCGAGCUUUUGGAGACAGCCCGAUCGUCAACGGGCAACGAGCGACCGCAAAUAAUAUCACUCAACUUGACACAUCAACACAGCAAGCCGGUAAUGCUCACCAGGUGAAUGAUGAAGCGACAUAUUUAGAAUUGCACAAGCGCCCAUACGCGUCCAAAAGGCAAUCAAAGGACAUGAAUGUUGCUGGCAGUCCGGCCCCUCCGAAAAAGACAAAAAAGGAGGCGAGCAAUUCAAAGCCAGGUGACUCGCUCGAUCAUAACAUAGAACAACUCCAAACCGGAGCACUCAAAUCCAAAGACCCAAAUCGGAAGCUAAGUGGUAUCGUAAAAGCUUCCAGCGGAAAUCCGGGAAAUUUUGGGAAAGGACAGUGCAAGCAACCCCAUUUAUCUGACGGUAAAAUAAAAGGCGGAAAGGAAUGUAUAAAACAGCACGACCAUUCGCCAGCCGAACUGACAGUCCAACACCAUACUGGGAAGCGUCAGGAAAGUGAAUCGUUGAUGAGCUUGUUCAGAGGCGCUGAAUUUUCAGAAGUUGACGAGCUGCAAAUGGAUUCGCCAGAAUACCAGAUCGGAAGAAAGCGCUGAGACGUCUAGGCAGACGUCGGGCUCUCAACUUGCUUAGCAUCUAGAAAAGGCGGACAUGGCUCUCCUGCUGACUUUCGAUCUGUGAAAUGGGCAGAAUUGCUGGUUGAAUAUUAGCUCUAUCGCCUGGAUUCAGUCUGAACCAUUCUAGUCGCAUUCGGCUUGUGUUUGAUGUUGCAUGAUAGGGCACUCCUUUCGAUGGUCGCUAUCAAAGGUGUUUCAAUCCUUAUCGCUCCUUGUCUAUCGACCUUAAUUUGCUAGAUCACUAGUUGAGGGAUAUUAUUCACAGAAUUGAGACAUCCCACUUGCUAAGCUAAUAGCCAAGAGAUACUUCAAGACUUCUCGGAGGAUCCACUUUGCUUGAA